CCACCUUCUUACUAGCGGCUUGAGUUGGAAGACAAUGCUCUCAUUUGCUGGCGGCUCCCUGCCCUCUUUUUGAUUGGCCAUUACGUUCUUCUCGUUUAUACCGGGGUUUUGGGUUAGCUGCCGCCGCCGCCUGCAACAUGAGCUCCUUAACGUUAAGCUCAUCUCCGACCGUGACUGUGCGAAUCAGCAGCAGCCUUAAUUCUUUCACGGCCGAGAAGAGAUUGGAUCGGGGCCUCACCUUGGCAGAGCUUAAGUGUAAGUUGGAGCUAGUUGUUGGGUCCCCAGCAUCAUGCAUGGACUUGCAGCUCUACAGUACAGAGAAUGCCUUCCUUCUGAAUCUCGAUCAAGAUGAUGCACUUUUGGGAUCCUAUCCAGUAGAUGAUGGCUGCAGGAUACAUGUAAUAGAUAAGAGCGGAGCAAGGAUUGGAGAAUAUGAAGACCUCUCCAUGGUGGAAAAAUACGAAAUCUCAGAGGAUACUUAUGAAAAAAGAUCAGACUCUGUACGCUCCUUCCUAAAGAAGAAUAAGUUAGGAAAGUUCAAUGAGGAAGAUGCACAACAAAAGCAAGCAGAACAGAAUCGUAAGCUGGAGGAAGAGAGGUUAGUUGCAGAAUCCAUAACACAUGGGGCAAGAUGUGAAGUUCGGGUGGCUGGCCAGCCAACAAAGCGUGGGACAGUCAUGUAUGUUGGUUUAGCGGACUUUAAACCUGGAUAUUGGGUUGGAGUGAAAUACGACGAACCUCUCGGAAAAAAUGAUGGCAGUGUUGAAGGAAAACGAUACUUCACGUGUACACCGAAGUAUGGUGCCUUUGUAAAGCCACAGUAUGUGAUGGUGGGAGACUACCCAGAGGAAGACUAUGGCUUGGAUGAUGAGAUGUGACCUUGCCAACCAGUUUUUUUUCAACAGUUCAUUUCUACUGUGCCUCCUUGAAUUUCCUUUUCUCCUUUAUCCUGUUUUACUCCUUAAUGUAUUGAUGUUGUGAAGAAAAAUGUAUGGUUUGAAUUUUAAUUGCCUGAUUAUGAAACACUUUUGUCUCUUUGUUCUUCAGCUGACACACUGCGUUUUUGUUUUUUACAUUUUUUCCGCAGUUUCUGCAUAUACACAUUGUAGGAACCUUGAAUUCCUGUUAGUGGUGUUUUCAAUCUUAAUCCAGUUUAGAAGCAGUGGUGCAUGUGUCUUGUUUGUAUUCACAAGCUAUGCAAAAUAAUCAAUUACCUUUCUGGUCAAGAGAAUUAAAAUACAUAUAUUGGUUUAAUAAUGUAAAAUGCAAUUACUUUGCAUAACCUGUGAAUGUGAAAUACAUUUAGAAUUUGAAUUAUUGCCAACAAAACACAUGAUUAACUUUGACUAAAAUGGCACAGGCACUAUUAAAUAUAUGUAUUGUUUUAUUUCACCAAUAUAAGAGUAAAUACAGAGCAGCAAAAAAAAUCCAAAUUUUUGAGCGAGAGACGGUAAAGUAUUGGCUCAGCCAGAUACCAACACUCCCUCUAAACUUUCAGCUUGAGUGUACAUUAUGACAUUGACACACUAAUGGGUGUAUUCCUUCAUGUAAAUAAGUUUUUCACCUUCAAAGGUGAACAAGUAUUGGAUGGACUGUGUCUCCUCAAUGUUCAUUUUACUAGCUUUGUUUUGAAAUGCCAAAAUGAUGUUAUCAUUGGAUACUUAGCUAAUCUUAAUGAAUCAUUUCUGCAUUUGUAAUUGUAAAAUACAAAGUUACUAAGAUGAGUAUGCUAAUAUUCCUGCAUCUGUAUUUUAUGUGAACGUUUUUCUAGAAUUUUUUAUUUUUAACUUUAAUGGAGAACUAAACCCUAAAAAUGAAUAUGAUUAUAAAUGCCACACUUUAUAUACUGAAUUUAUUGCAUCAGCCUAAAGGUUUAGCAUCUCUGUAGUAGUAAUGAUCCGAUACUUCAGAGUUGUCACAGAGAGUCACCAUACUGGAAUCUGUUAGAAGUGUCAGUGACACUCGCAUGAUCAGCGGGCUCUGAGCAGUUGUUGAGAAGCUAAGUUUAGGGGUUGUAGCAAAUUAUAAAGCAUAGAGGGUGAUACAGCAGGGCUGAUUAUUAAGUUUUAAUGCUAGUUGCACUGGUUUAUGUACUAAUAAUCUGUAUUUACUAAAAAGUCGCCUAUUCUGACAUUUAUAUUCUAUAUAUACAGAUUAUUAUGCAUUGCUCCCUAAGCUCAGUAACUGACAGCAGCACAGAGCAUGUGCAGAAAAAAAGAUGGGGAGCUACUGGGGGCAUCUUUGGAGGCACAUAUCUUCCCUGCUAAAGGGCUGUAGUUGCCUUGGUCUUGUACAGAAGCUCAAAACAUAAUGUAGAACAUUUGUAGCCUACUUCCUUAGUUAAGUUUUAGUUCUCCUUUAAAGGCAAAAGACACCUCUUCUUAUCGACAUGAGCUCAUUCAGUUGGGCUUAUGUAGAAAAGGUGCAUAAAUACAUCUGAACUGCCAAAAAUAAUAUUUUUAAUAUACAGACACAUCUGAUCCAUAGACUGAGAAGAAAUCAUGCUAGACUCCCUCUGACUUGUAGAUGCCACAUUAUGUUCUGUUUGAAAGUAAUGGAUUCUGUGCAAAGCCAGAGAAACUUCAAGUCCCGGAAUCCAUCACUUCACAAAGGUGCAGGAGUUGUUAAAUGACUUUACUAGGCUAAGGGGGAUUGGCAAAUGUUUGCUCUUACUUUAAGGAAUCUUUUAUGUCUGUGUUAAAAGAAAAAUUAUAUAUUUAUAGCUGGAACUUCGGUGUUAAUGCAACUUUUUUACAUAAGCCCAACUGAAUGAGCUCAUGUAAAGCAGGGCAGUAGUAGCAUUUAUAACUUUUGGUGCAUGUAUUGCCGGUUCAGUAAUGGAUAUCCAUUUACCAUGGAUAUUGGUAAAUUUGUUAAGCGUGUUUAAAAAUGUAAUCUGCCAAUGCACCAAAUAUGCCAGUGUCUGGUGGGGAGAACACUGUGGUGCAAACAAUUGCCAUUUGCUGGGAUGCCAUUGCAGCUUAACAAAAGUUUAUGUUUGCUUGUGUUUUAAACAUAUAUACAUAUGUACAUGACUGUACAACUCAAGGUUAAAAUUAAGGGGGAUUUUUCUUACCUGCAUUUUCAAAUUAGGUUUUGGAUUGGGUUUAGGAUUCAGCCAAGCUCUAAAAUAAUGAUAUGAUUCCUAAACAACUUUAUCUGGAGGAUGAGGUGUAACAGCAGAUGGAAUAUCUGGAUUUGACAGGAUCACAGGAUGCUGACCCUGACAGUGAGCGGUAUGGUUGAAGUCAGCCAAAAUACCAGACUAAAGCAGACAUUUAUGGCCAGCUUUAUUCAGCAUUACAUUGUAUACUAUGUAUUCUGAAAACUGUUUUGAAUUUAUAGUCAUUUGUGAUUUGGCAGGUCUAGGCUUUGCUCUGAAGACUAUGUAGCUAUGACACUUCUGUGCCAAAUAUAUAUUUUUGGAGUCCUAAAAUGGUUAACACUAAUACUAAAGACACAUGCAUCGCCUUUGUUAUAUAUAUGCCAGCAGAGAAAACUACCCAUGUGCUACUAGCCUAACAAGUGUGAGGGAGAAGCAAUUACCUUUUACUCUAAUUUCUUGCAACUUAUUCUGGCAGUUUAUGAAAACGUAGUUCUCUUAAGCAUGCCUAAAGCAUUUUAUACUUCACAGGUCAUCUUAUAACUUUCAUUUUACUCAUUAAUGUACAAUAGAUGUUAAUUUUUCACUUCACAGUCUAAUAUCUUAGACUCAUAAUAUCCAUUGCUUUUGUAACUAAGUCUUUGCUCAGAAAAUGGUUGCAACAUCUAAAAGGAAAAUUGUAGAUUAUUCUCCUUAAUGCAGUGGAAAUGCAACAGGGCAUGAAUAUCAUCCAAAAUUAUAGGCAGGAUACUUUUCAGGAACCCUCAGACCUGUGUGCCAUUUUUACAGCAGUUACAAAAUGGCAUAGUGUUCAAAAGUCUCCCUAUUUUGCUAAUACAUAAUGCUCCAUAAGCUUUUGGUGGGUUCAUACAAAUGACAUUUGUCAUAGAGUAAAGGGACAGCUCAGCAGAGAAGUCCACAGCUUCAUUUAGAUCUGUAGGAUUGUAUAGUAUUGCUGUGCAUAACUAGCUGUUUGCCAUAUGUUAAAUACACCCCUUGGUGAGAAACACAGUUAAUGAGAAUGUUUUGCUGCUCUUCUCUGAUACUUAGCUGAGCUUAGAUACAUUAGUAUGGUCAGCUUGAUUGUAUAAUAAGCUCAGUCCAGCUGUCCUAUGUUUCACUGUGUGAAGAGCUGAAUAAAUAUAAUGUAUAUAAA